AUGCACGUAACACCAAUCUUGUUUACUCAAUAUGAGAAAAUUCGUUCAAUUGGAACACCAGAAAUGAGUACAAAUUGUCGACAACUCAAAAAUAUUCGUUCACGUGAAACAGAUCAAGAUAAACGAGCAAUGUAUGAUAAACGAAUUUUAACAACAGAAAGUUUAUUAGAAGAAGCAAAUCUUUAUAUUUCAUCAAAUAAUAAAACUCAAUCAAAAGUAAAUAUUUAUUUACAUAUAUCUUACACUGUUAAACUAGACUGA